AUGGUAGGAGUAAAUCAAGCAGAAUUUAGUUCAUAUGAGAAACUUAAAGAUGAACUAUGCAUAUCUUCGGGAAUAAUUCUACGAAAACAUCAAAUAAUCAUACCAGAAAGUUUACGAGAGAAAGUAGUGAACAUUGCUCAUGAAGGUCAUAUGGGAAUGUCAAAAACGAAAGCGUUAUUACGUGAAAAGGUAUGGUUUCCACGUAUAGAUGAGUUAGUUAAUGAAAAAGUUAAAUCGUGUUUAGCCUGUCAGAUUACAACUCCAGUCAGUGAAAAGGAACCAUUGAAAAUGUCAGAGUUGCCAAGAUAUCCUUGGAAAGAGCUAAGUAUGGACUUUGGUGUAGCUCCUACAGGCACAGGUGAAUAUUUGUUUGUUUUGUAUGAUGAUUUUUCCAGAUAUCCUAUUGUAGAAGUAAUCCGAUCAACGUCCGCAAAGACUGUUAUACCCUGUUUGGAUAAGAUUCUUUCGGAGUUCGGGAUACCAGAUACGAUACGUUCAGACAAUGGACCGCCAUUCAAUAGCAAGGAAUUUUACGAGUUUUCAAAGUAUUUGGGAUUUAAACACAGAAAAGUUACUCCUUAUUGGCCACGAGCCAACGGGAAAGUGAAAAGAUUUAUGCGUACUAUCAAAAAGACAAUAAAGGCUACGAUAAUGGAGGGAAAAAAUUGGAAGCAAGAAAUCCACAGGUUCCUGCGAAAUUAUCGUACCACACCUCAUAGUUCGACCAAAAUCUCUUCAUCUAUGGCUUUAUUCGGUCGACCAAUGAAAGUACGUUUACCUGAAGAACUAUUUCAUAUAGAUACAGAGGAAAGAAUUCGAGUACAGGAUGAAAGAGCAAAAUUGAAGAUGAAAUUACAUGCAGACAAUAACAGGAACGUAAAGACAAGUGAGAUUAAAGUAGGUGAUAUGGUGUUAGUAAAGAAAGACACGACCACUAAUAAACAACAAACACCCUAUGAUGGUAAGCCAUGUGAAGUCGUGGAAAGAAAAGGUUCAAUGGUAACAGCGAAGAAAGAUAGAAUGUUGUUUACUCGUAAUUCGUCAUUUUUCAAGAAGAUAGAAAAUGGGAAAAGUCUAGGAGAACCCAUUGAGGAAAGUAUAAAGGAAAAAGAACGGCGGUAUCCUUUGCGUACAAGAAAAGCCCCUAUUCGAUACGGACAAGUUGAAAGUUAA